AUGUCCUGCGCUGGGAAUUCGUCCGAGAUCUGUGGAGGCACUUGGCUCAAUCCAGUAUGUGAUACCUCUCUCGAUCCGCUGACCCGCGCAAAAGGGCUGGUUCUUGCCAUGAGCUUUGACGAAAAGGUCCAAAAUACCCAGAAUGGGUCUCCUGGGUCUGCUCGUCUUGGCCUACCUGCAUAUCAAUGGUGGAGCGAGGCUUUACAUGGUGUGGCAGGCUCUCCUGGCGUCACCUUCCAACCCUCUGCUAACUUCAGCUAUGCCACCUCGUUCCCACAACCCAUUUUGAUGUCUGCCGCUUUUGACGAUGCCUUGAUCAAACGAGUGGGAACUGUGGUAAGCAUUGAAGGCCGCGCCUUCAACAACUAUGGUAAUGCUGGCCUGGAUUUCUGGACUCCCAAUAUCAAUCCAUUCAGAGAUCCGCGCUGGGGUAGAGGUCAAGAAACGCCUGGAGAAGAUCCAUUUCACAUUGCUCGCUACGUUUACAAUCUUAUAGACGGCUUGCAAAAUGGAAUAGGGCCUGCCAAUCCGCGAGUCGUGGCGACUUGCAAACACUUUGCUGGAUACGAUGUCGAGAACUGGGAAGGAAAUCAACGCUAUGGCUUCAACGCAAUCAUUUCCACCCAGGAUUUGUCCGAGUAUUAUCUACCUUCCUUCAAAAGCUGUGCCCGUGAUGCGCAAGUGGAUGCCAUCAUGUGUAGCUAUAACGCUGUUAACGGAAUUCCAACCUGCGCCGAUAGCUAUCUAUUAGACACUAUCCUUCGUGAUCAUUGGAACUGGAAUCAAACUGGACACUGGGUGACCUCGGAUUGUGACGCAGUCGACAACAUCUACUCUGACCAUCACUAUACCAGUUCUCUUGCGGCAGCUGCUGCAGACGCUCUGAAUGCCGGUACAAAUCUGGAUUGUGGAACCACAAUGUCAAACAAUCUUGGAGCGGCGGCUGCGCAAGAUCUGUUCCAGAACGCCACGUUGGAUUCCGCUUUAAUUUACCUCUACUCCUCUCUGGUCCGUCUUGGAUGGUUCGACCCAGACGAGUCACAAUAUCGCUCACUCGGAUGGUCUGAUGUGGGUACCCCUGCAUCGCAGCAACUGGCUAAUCAGGCUACUGUUGAGGGGAUUGUGCUCUUGAAAAAUGACCACAAAGAAAUUCUACCAUUGUCUCGCCAUGGUCAGACUGUUGCGUUGAUUGGACCCUACGCCAAUGCUACCACUCAGCUGCAAGGAAACUAUUACGGCACCCCGGAAUACAUCCGAACUAUGGUAUGGGGCGCUCAACAGAUGGGGUAUAGCGUUCAGUAUCAGGAAGGCACUGCGAUCAACUCCACUGACACAUCUGGCUUUGCUGCUGCUGUGGCCGCGGCAAGGGCAGCGGAUAUCGUCAUCUAUGCUGGUGGUAUUGACAAUUCGAUUGAAGCUGAAGGCAGUGAUCGAAACUCUAUCGCCUGGCCGGGUAACCAGCUUCAACUCAUUGACGAACUUUCUCAAGUCGGAAAACCGCUGGUUAUCCUGCAAUUCGGUGGCGGUCAAGUAGAUGACUCGACGCUUCUCACAAACAACAAUGUGAAUGCAUUGUUAUGGUGUGGUUACCCCAGUCAAGCUGGUGGCCAGGCCGUGUUCGACAUUCUUACGGGUCAGUCUGCUCCUGCGGGAAGAUUGCCGGUAACUCAGUAUCCAGCCAAUUAUACUAACGAGAUCCCCAUGACCGACAUGGCGCUGCGUCCAAAUGGAAUUACUCCUGGGCGUACUUAUCGUUGGUAUAACCAUGCCGUGAUUCCCUUCGGCUUUGGUCUACACUAUACUACCUUCGACGUCUCCUGGGUUAACUCGAAGAUGGGCCCUUACAACACGGCAGGCCUUGUUGCGCAUGCAAGCAAAUCAGAGUACCAAGAUACUGCUGUCUUUGACACCUUCCACGUCAAAGUGAAGAACAUCGGAAAAGUUACAUCCGACUAUGUCGCAUUGGUCUUCGCCUCCACUAGCAACGCCGGCCCCAAGCCGUAUCCUAUCAAAACUCUGAUCGGCUAUGCGCGAGCUUUCUCUGUCAAGCCUGGAGAGACUCAGACAGUCGGUAUCGACGUGACACUUGGCUCUAUGGCACGCACUGCUGCAAACGGAGAUUUGGUGCUGUACCCUGGAUCGUAUACUUUGGAAGUGGAUGUGGGUCAACAUUCUUAUCCGCAUGCUGAGUUGACAAUCACUGGACCUGAGAAGGUUCUGGACUCUUUCCCACAGCCUGUUUCGUCUUGA